CUCACUUGUUCAACCUGUUACUGAAGGAAGGGUUGAAGAAGAAUGAAAAAGAGAAAGACACAGAGGACUCAGUCUGGAAGACGAGGGAUAGAGAAAGAGACCUUUAAGAUGUCCGUCUGAAGGAAAUGGACACAGAUAAAUCCAGUAAUCCAUCAAAAGGACCGGAACUGAGCAAUGUCAUGGCCCCAGAGGAAACUGCCCUCGGUGACAAAAGUGACAGACAGCGGGAGGAAGAGAAAGAGUCAGACGCCGUCGUUCCUGAUGGAUUUAUUGCAGUACCAUCAGUCAGCCAGCAGAGGGCACGAGAGAAACACAGAUACAAUACUAUAGGCUACCAGAAAAAGAAGCAGAGGUCAGCUGUGGACUUUUCUACCGUGAGCAAGGGAACAUCUGCCGGUGUGAGGACCAGGGGUGCAUUAAAGCAGGCACUUUUCAGCCAGGGAGUGUCUGACAAAAACAGCACAUUGGAGGAACGAUCAGGUGGUGUACAGGGGCAGGUGGAUGCACUGAAACAAGUUCUGGACUCUUUCAUCAUACCUGCUGACCUGAGGUGGACAUGGGGGCAGGGAGGUACUGAAAAAACACUGGAAAAGAGCUGGACAGACCUAGUGCACGCUCAUGAGUUUAUGUCAAAAAACCAGCGACACCAGCAGGAGGCGCUGUGGGAGCUUCUUAAUACUGAGCUUACCUACAUCAACAAACUCACUAUUGCCAAGGAACUCGUGCUGGCAGCAUUGUCACACUGUCAUGGAUACGGAUUUCUUCAGGAAGUCAGCCCCACAAUGCUCUUUUCCAAUCUCCCUUCUAUCCUUGACGCACAUCGGCUCUUUUGGCAUGAAGUGAUGUAUCCAAUGUUACAAGAAGUCCGUCACACUAGACAACCUUUUGACCCCCUGAAACUUGAGGCAGGAUUUUUGCAGUUUCCUGACCGUUUUCCUGCAUACUUUGAAUACUGUUGGGAAGAGGAGAGAAAUGUGGAGUUUACACGCAGACAGCUUGACACAAACCCACAAUUUCACACCUAUCUUACGGUACUGUAAAUCAUAUUCAUAUGUUAAAAGCAAAGAAUUAUUCUAUUGAAAAAAAAUGAUUACGCCAAAAAAAGCACAAAAGCAAGCGUUCACUUCAAGUUGAACACACCUAAUGUUUUUGAAUGAAUCAGUUGAAUGAAUGAUUCAAUGACUCAUUCAUGACUUAAAGUAAAUGCAGAAAGCGUUACUGAAAAAUGCCUGAAAUGUGCAAACAAUUAAUCACACCUGAACCAGCUAAUCAAGGUCUUACUGUAGGCAUACUAGAAACUUCCUCGCAGGGGUAUUGAGGCAAGCUGGAGCUAAACCGAGUUUGGACACCCCUGAUUUAGCCAAUCGUUUUAAGUUUUGUUUAAUGUUAAUGUGUACAACGCUGUGUUUUUCAGUUCUUUUUUUUAAUUUUAUUAUAAUUUAAAUUAGAUUUAAUAGAUCUUAAAGGUGUACAAAUGUGCAGAACAUGUUUGAAAAACCAUUUAAGAAAACUCGAUAAUAGCUUAUACGGAAAAAAAAUAUUUUUUUAUUUGAAGCUAAAUAAAGGCUGGAAAACAUAUUAAAUAUAGACAUAAGAAAUGGGUGGAGAGGUGUGAAUUUGUUUUCCACAUUUCGAACGAACUGUUUACCCCACCAAGUUCCCCUGUCAAUGUUUUUUUGUACCAGUGGACAGUAUGCAGAGUAAGCAGGUUAGAAAUGACUGUAAGAUCGCCUGCCUUCAUGGUGGUUUGACUGUAGUGGUUGGUUAUGGGGGUGAGCUGUUUCCUGAAGGGUACAUAGUAGAAGCAACUGCACAUUAAGUCCUAAAAUGAAUUAAUAUUAUCUUUAAUUGACUAAUUGUAGAGUUAAAUGCAAGCCAAAAUAUAGAAUGUCAGAGAACAGAACUGCACCACACUGUUAAAGUUAACGUGCUAAUCUGUGAUAUGAUCAUUUAGGCAAAAAAAAAAAAAAAAGUAUAACUUCAGAUGCACAAUUCAUACCAGAGAUGCACAAAAGCCAUAGAUUACAAUCAAAUUUGUUUAUGCAUGAAGAUAAAUGCAUGCAUGCAUGAUGUUCCUGAUUAUCUUGAUGUAAUUUGUUUCACAGUGGGUGGAGAAUCAUCCGCAGUGUGGGCGAAUGAGAUUGGGCGACAUGCAAGCCAAACCUCACCAGAGAAUAACAAAAUACCCUCUUUUGCUGAAAGCUGUUCAGAAGACCACACAAAACACCCCCACCCAAAACGCAAUUGAAAGAAUGGUGAGACUGUGACACAAUGUUGAUGAAUCACAUCAUAUGCUGUAAAUUUCAUUUGUACUGUGUAAACUCUUGUAGGUGUAAUAUAAUAAAAACAAGCAUUAAAUAAUGUUUUUACUAGUAAAAAAUAAUUGCCAUUUAUGUAGACAUAAUAUUAUCUGGAAAUAUUUGAAGACUUCAUAUGCAAAAGCCUCUAAGUGCCGUCUGAAAUUUUCUUCUAAAAUUUUUAUUUUAUCAAGCUCGUAUAUUUAGGUUCAGUAAU